CCCAAAUCCAUUAGGCGCUCAAAGCUCUUAUAAAUAGUUGUGAAUUAAGCCUCCAAAAAAGUAUAUAUUUCUGUAUGAAACCAUGUCAUCACAAUCUCAAAGUGUUUGACAGGUCAAUUCGGUUUGGAAUUUGGCUGAGUCGUCUCAAAUACACGUAAAAUUGCACUCUUCUCUUUCUUCAUCCUCUCCCCUUUUUGGAUCUACGGUGUCGGUGAUCUCAUCUCUACCAAUUCUCACCCCCUCCUUUCUCUCUCCUUCCAUAUCCCCAAGAUCUCUCCUUCCCCUUCUCUUCCUUCUUCCCCUCAAUUACCGUUGCCCUAAAUCCAGGAAGAAGGAAGCGUUGAAGGAAGGAGACCAUAAUUCAAUUACCCUAAACCUAAAAAACCUUAUGGCAGGUGCAUCAAGGCGAUUAAGGGACUUACAAUCGCAAUCAGGAAACAAGAUCUGUGUUGAUUGUUCUCAGAAAAACCCACAAUGGGCCUCCGUUUCUUAUGGUAUCUUCAUGUGUUUGGAGUGUUCUGGAAAACACCGUGGUCUUGGUGUUCACAUUAGUUUCGUUAGAUCUGUUACCAUGGAUUCAUGGUCCGAGAUCCAGCUUAAAAAAAUGGAGUCUGGUGGUAACGAUAAGCUUAACGCCUUUUUAUCCCAGUACGGUAUCCCUAAAGAAACUGAUAUCGUCGCCAAAUACAAUUCUAAUGCAGCCUCUGUUUACCGGGAAAGAAUCUCUGCCCUUGCUGAGGGCCGUUCUUGGAGAGAUCCACCUGUUGUCAAGGAAUCUUUGGUUGGGAACACCCAGAGAAAACCUCCUUUGGGUGGCGGUAGGAGUAGUAAUAAUGGGGGUUGGGAUAGCUGGGAUAAUGAUGAUUCCUUUCGAUCAUCGACUGAUGAUUUGAGAAGGAAUCAAUCUACUGGGAAUUUUAAGAACAAUAGUGGGAUUGGGAAUGGGAAUCAUGGCCCUGUGAAAUCUAGAUCCUCGUCUGAUAUUUAUACGCGAGCAGAAUUGGAAGCUUCAGCAGCCAAUAAAGACAGCUUUUUUGCUAGGAAAUUGGCGGAGAAUGAAUCAAGGCCAGAUGGAGUCCCUCCAUCUCAGGGAGGCAAGUAUGUCGGGUUUGGGUCGAGUCCGAAUCCAGUACCUCGGAAUAAUUAUAAUAAUAAUCCACAGGGUGAUGUUUUUUCUGUUGUUUCUCAGGGAAUCGGCAAAUUGUCAUUGGUUGCUCAAUCAGCUGCUAGUGUUGUUCAAGCAGGCACAAAAGAAAUUACUUCAAAGGUUCGUGAAGGUGGCUAUGAUCACAAGGUCAAUGAAACAGUUAAUGUUGUUACUGCUAAGACUUCGGAGAUUGGUCAGAAGACGUGGGGCUUAAUGAGAGGGGUCAUGGCAAUGGCUACACAGAAGGUUGAGGAGUACACUAGGGAGACAGGAGUGAACUGGAAUAGUGAGAACCCACAUCAGACAGAAAACGAAAGCAACGGAUAUUAUCAGAACUUCAAGCAUGAAUCUCAAGGUCAUGGAUGGAACGGCACUUCAGGUAACGGGCAAUCUUCAUCUGGCAGGAAUAAUUCGUCUUCAUCUUGGGAUGAUUGGGACCAAAAGGAUGACUGGAAAGAUAACUCUUCAAAAAAGGAAGGAUCAUCUCAUAGUAAUGAUGGUUGGGCUGGUUGGGAUGACCCCAAAGAUGAUGGAUUUGACGAUUUCUACCACACUGCACCUAAACAAAGUUCGGGUCAAAAUGGGAGAUCAGAAGCCAGAUGGGGUGAGGGCGGCUUCCUCUGAGGUUUUGUCUAAAGUCGGAGCGCAUUCUCAUUACUCACAUUGUUAAAAAGGUAUUUGUUAUGUUUGCAUGUGUACAAUGUUCAUCCCCGAAAGAAUUCUCUUGGGUAGAGACACAUUUUACUCAUAUUUUUCAAUUUAUGUCUAUCGUUGACACUGCUUUUUCCAAAGAUUUCUGUUAACGAUUAAGUUUUACACCCUCUUCCCUUCCCUUUUCUCCACUCGUUUCUGGUUUGCUACUUGCAUCUUGUAUCAUAGGAUUUUUUUCUUGUUUAGUUGUCAAUGAAUCAUAACUCAUUUAUUCUUUGUA